UAUUUUAGAUCGGUUCACUAUUAUAACCAUUCCCACAAAGAUACCCGGAUGUAAGCGAUUUAACUGUUCUUUUAUAUUUGUGCUGAUGAAUGAAAGACCUUUUUUUCUUCUUCAGAAUAUGACUUUUGGAUGCCCUUAUACUUGUCAGGAGAUCAUGAUGAGUGUUCUGAUUGUUGCAUUAUUCCUUGCAGCGGUCUAUCAACACAAACUACUCAAGAGAGAAAUUAAAGAAAUGAAAACAGUUUUCGGCCAAUGUAUUGAAGGUGAUGAAGAAAUGUCUGAUGUUUCAAACUUUUACUCAGACACAGAAUGCCUAAUUAAAGGAAUGAAAAGAAAGUCGAAGGCUAUGGAGAAGAGAUUCAAAAAGAUUGAAGAAAUUAUUCCUGGAAAGGGGGAUCUAGAACUCAUUAAAGACGAUGUAGACUAUCUCAAAGACAGUUGGUCCAAUCAGUACACAACUUUCAGCUUACUAGACAUAAAUUUGAACGUAAAGGCCAAUAGUGAGAAAUUAAAAGUCCAGUUGGCUGAAAUUCGGGGACGUUUUGACGCAGCAAUAAAUGAAGUGGAAGGAUAUAUGGUUGAAGAUGAAGGUAUCCUGAAGUCCAUAGUAGGAGAUGUGCAACUGCUGGAGAGUUAUUUCGGAAAAUAGUAAAUAUGGUGACAGCUUUGAUAGAAAUAUGCGGCUUUGACGAUAUGAUUGAUUAUGAACUCUUUUUGUUUGUUUUGUUUUUGUAAGUUAUUUUUGUUUUCAAAUAAAUUUUAA